AUUGAGCUGCUAUAAAUGGGUUCAGUGGAGGAGGGCGCUUUUGUUACAAUCCUGGGCGAAUUUUCGUGCUGGAAGAUGUGCCACGGAGUUCGCAUUCCGAACGUCAGCUGUUCCCUCCUACUUCUCGUCCUGGCGGCCACUUCCGCAGGCGGCGACGUGUGGAAACAGGAAGUUGGGUCUCAGAUGGAGAUUGGCGUGGCAAACACGGGGUACCGCAAGGUGCAGCUGAGGUGCGGAGCGGAUUAUAUGCAAGUCGACGUCGAGACUGGCCAAGAUUUCGGCGGCGUCAUAUACACGCGGGGUAGCUACCACAGCAGGGAGCCACCAUGUUUCAUUGACCCGCGCAACGGCCGGAGCUUCUCUCUCAAGUUCCCUUUGUCGCAGUGUCACACUAAGCUGGAUAACGAUGUCUACACGAACGUAGUGGUGGUUCAGCAUGACGAUGAACUCAUUAUGCCUGGGGACGCGGCCUUCACCGUCGAGUGUGACUUCAGUCGUCCCAGGGACAUCACUGUCAGCGCGAAUCUGGAAGCCGAUCGGCCUGUCGUGAGUUCGCGGAUAAGCAUCACCGACGCAGACCCUGCAGGAAAAGAGCUGCCACGUCAUAAACGCUCCACAGUCUCCAGCGAAUCAGGAACUGUAUCCUUUACGCCUGACGAUGUCAGACCGAGGAAAAAGACAAACCCCAACAGCCACUGCUCUUAACGCAAGGGUGCCUUUACAGGAGCAGCUACCUGCAGUCGUUAAUCGAAGUAAAGGAAACAUUUCAUCACGAUCGAUUAUCGAAGAUUAACUUGCAGAUAACUGAACGAAGUUGUGUCAGCCUCUGAGGUAAUGUAGCAUAGAAAACAUGUUUCUGAGUUGAUAUACCGCGACAUUUUGAGCUGAAAUUCGUUUCUACACGUCUAAUGAUUUAUAAAUGAAGCAAGUGUUGGCUUGCUGGUUGGUGAUCAUUUUCUGUUGAGGAAGAUUGGGCUUUGUGGGAUAGUUAUUACUGUGUCUUUACUACUUUAAAAUUUCCUUUUGUUCUUGAUCGGCAAUUUAGUAGUCUAAUAACAAUUCACAAGCAGAGGGAUCCUGGCCAAUCCCGUUUCGUUUCCUUACUGAUUUCUGCUGCUGUUUCUUUGGUAAACUGUCGGUGCUUCAAAAUUUCUCAACAGUAUUUUUUUAUACGUGUUACAUACUACGCUAUUCGAAGAUGGUAACUUUUAAUCUCAGUAUGUUAUUUGUCUGCGAAGCUUUACUCCAAAAAUUGUGUUAAUCUGUUAAGUUUUUUUUUUGUAAAAAUUAAUACAUGUAAAAAAUUAAAAUUAUUUUAAGAAAAUAACGAAGUAUUAAUAAUGUGAUUACGUAUACAUGAGAGAAUAAAAUGAAAUUUAAUCUUCAAAAAAUAGGCUGUGUGAGUGGCUUUGGUGAUUAUGGACAUGACCCAGCGGCAACGCUUCGAUUAUAUAAAAGAAGAUGAAUUUUUUGCCCAACUGAGCAAUAAGGACUUACGGAAAGAACUGUACUGCAUAUAAAUUUUUGUUUACAGCAGCUAUUCUCGAUAAAUAUUUUGUGAGAUACACUCGAGGCGAUAACAGAAACAC